AUGGCGUCUCACAGAAGCAUUGUGGUUACAGGCGGGGCCUCCGGAAUCGGACUAGGGAUAACAAAGCACUUGAUCACGGAGCAAAACACACAUGUAACAAUCCUAGACAUUAAUCCCACGACGGGCGUGCAGACAUUGAACGCACUUCGUUCGGAGUUUCCAAAUGCGAGCGUGUCGUUUGAGAAAUGCGAUGUGUCUUCUUGGGAGAGCCAAGCUGCAGCAUUCGAAAAAAUUUACAGCGAGCAGAGUCGAAUUGAUAUCGUUUUUGCAAAUGCGGGUAUUAACGAGAAAGGCAGCUUGCUGCCAACCAAUGACGAAAACGGAGGGCCUAUAAAACCAGAACUUGCCACUUUGAAUGUGAAUUUGAUCGGAUGUAUCUAUUCUGUACAACUUGGAAUUCACUACAUUGCGAAAAAUGCGAUCAGUGGUUCAUCGAGAGGAAUGAUCGUGUGCACAGCUUCUAAUGCAGGACUUUAUCCAUUCCCUAUGGCGCCGUUAUACGCAGCCUCCAAACAUGGAGUAGUCGGGCUGGUUAGAUCACUUUCGAGACCGCUUGCAACAAAGAAAAUUCGAAUCAAUGGGUUGGCACCUGCCGUUAUUGAAACGAACAUUGCUCCUAGUUCUGAUUUGUUCAAGUCGAUGAUACUCACGCCAAUGUCUACCGCAACAACCGCCGUUGCCAACUUUGUAGAUGAUGCGUCAUUGACAGGAAAAAUCGCGGAAUUACAUGGUGAGAAUAUCACAUUCGCGGAGGCACCUUUGUAUGUGGAUGAAGACACGGGGAAGAAUAUUGAGAAUUUUUGGAAUUUGGGUUAUGCCUAG